AUGGCCAAGAAUCCGCUUGCAGGUUUGCUAGACACUAACAAGUUGACAGGUCCCAAUUAUCUGGAUUGGCUAAGGAAUCUCAAAAUUGUUUUGGAUUCCGAAAAAAUAACAUAUGUGAUAGAUAAGGCCCCACCUGAAAAAGUUUCAGAGGCAUCCACCCUAGAGGAACUAACCACUUGGCAGAAGUGGAAAGAUGAUGAUAUUCAUGCUCGUUACUAUAUGAUAGCAUCGAUGUCCAAUGAGCUGCAAAAGCAACACGAGAACAUGGAGCAUGCAGCAGAGAUUCAUUUGCACCUACAAGAGUUGUAUGGUGAGCAGACUAGAUAUGUGAGAUAUUAG